AUGGGUCGACCUUUUUGCUGCAUAACUGCCUUAUAUUUUCUGCUAAUCUUCAAUCUUACUAUAUCAACUGAAGCUGGAAUUGUCGGAGUAAAUUAUGGGAUGCAGGGGAACAACCUCCCGCCACCAAUCCAGGUUGUUGCACUCCUGAAAUCAAGGCGUAUAACACGGCUUCGCCUUUUCCACCCCAUUCAUGACGCCCUUCAAGCUUUACAGAAUUCAGGAAUUGAAGUCAUCCUUGGAACAUUAAACCAGGAUCUCCAAAUGCUUGGGAGCGACCUUUCAUUCGCCAAAAACUGGGUUAACACCAAUGUGAUUCCAUAUUCCAAAACGAUUCGUUUUCGUUGCCUAUCGGCCGGCAACGAAGUCAUCCCCGGCGACUUGGCAGCCUAUGUUUUUCCGGCCAUGAAGAAUCUAAAAGCAGCAUUAGAUGCCGCUGAAGUAGCCUAUAAUAUCCCAGUAAGUACUUGCACGUCAACCGCGAUUCUCGGGCUUUCAUACCCUCCUUCAAAAGGGGAAUUUUCGAAAGAUGUGAUUUCUGUGAUGAGAUCAAUAGCAGGUUUCUUGGCAGCAAAUGGAAGCCCUCUGCUUCUGAAUGUGUAUCCUUACUUUGCAUACGUAAAUAAUCAGCAACAGAUUCCGUUAUCCUACGCGCUAUUUGAGAGCACCAAAGUGGUGGUGAGAGAUGGAGGGCUUAAGUAUAGGAACCUCUUCGACGCUAUGGCCGAUGCUGUUUACUCGGCGCUGGAGAAGGUGGGCGGUGGCUCUGUUCCGAUUGUUGUGUCGGAGACUGGAUGGCCAUCCAAAGACGAAAACGGCGGCGUUGCAACCAUCGGUAAUGCCAGAAUGUAUAAUAAGAACCUGAUUGCGCAUGUAUCAGGGGCUUCUGGUACACCAAAGAGGCCAGGGAAUAGCACAGAGUCUUAUAUUUUUGCCAUUUUUAACGAGAAUCUCAAGCCUCCGGGGACUGAGCAGAACUUUGGGUUGUUCUACCCCAAUAUGACAGAUGUGUACCCUAUUUACUGA